AUGGAGGUGGAUGCAGACGAGAAGCGCCAUCGCACACGCUCCAAAGGUGUUCGAGUUCCCGUGGAACCAGCCAUACAAGAGCUGUUCAGCUGUCCCACGCCUGGCUGUGAUGGCAGUGGUCAUGUUAGUGGCAAAUAUGCAAGACACAGAAGUGUUUAUGGCUGUCCAUUGGCAAAAAAAAGAAAAACACAAGAUAAGCAACCCCAAGAACCAGCCCCCAAAAGAAAACCCUUUGUGGUUAAAGCAGACAACUCUUCAGUAGAUGAGUGCUAUGAAACUGAUGGAACAGAGGAAAUGGAUGAAAAGGAAGAGGAAGAAGAGGAAGAGGAUGAAGAAGAGGAGGAAUAUUCUGAUGAUAAUGAGGAGCAAGGUGAUGAGGAGGAGGAUGAUGAGGAGAUAGAUCGAGAAGAAGAAGAGGAGAUUGAGGAGGAAGAAGAGGAGGAUGAAGAGGAAGGUGAAGAUGUGGAGGAUGAAGAGGAGGAGGAGGAAGAAGAGGAGGAAGAAGAGGAGGAGGAGGAAGAACAAGACCAUCAAAUGAAUUGUCACAAUACUCGAAUAAUGCAAGACACAGAAAAAGACGAUAACAAUAAUGAUGAGUAUGAUAAUUACGAUGAACUGGUGGCCAAGUCAUUGUUAAAUCUUGGCAAAAUUGCAGAGGAUGCAGCAUACAGAGCCAGGACAGAAUCAGAAAUGAACAGCAAUACAUCUAAUAGUCUGGAAGAUGAUAGUGACAAAAAUGAAAAUAUCGGUCGGAAAAGUGAGCUGAGUUUAGAUUUAGACAGUGAUGUUGUUAGGGAAACAGUGGACUCCCUUAAAUUAUUAGCACAAGGACAUGGUGUAGUGCUUUCAGAAAAUAUUAAUGACAGAAAUUAUGCAGACAAUACUUCACAGCAAGACAAUAGGAAUAUGAACUUUGUAAUGCUAGGGAAGCCUGUGAACAAUGGACUUACAGAAAAAAUAGUGGAGGAGAGUGAUGAAGAGGUGUGUCUCAGCAGUUUGGAGUGCUUAAGGAACCAGUGUUUUGAUCUGGCUAGGAAACUCAGUGAGACAAACCCACAGGAAAGAAAUCAACAGCAAAACAUGAACACUCGUCAGCAUGUCAGGCAAGAAGAUGACUUCCAAGGAAGAACACCAGACCGGAAUUACUCUGAUAUGAUGAACCUAAUGAGGCUUGAAGAACAGUUGAGCCCCAGAUCUAGGACUUUUUCUAGCUGUGCCAAGGAGGAUGGUUGUCACGAAAGAGACGAUGAUACCACCUCUAUUACUUCAGAUAGGUCUGAAGAAGUAUUUGAUAUGACAAAAGGUAACUUAACCCUGCUUGAGAAAGCAAUUGCUUUGGAAACUGAGAGAGCAAAAGCCAUGAGAGAAAAAAUGGCAGUGGAAGCUGGAAGGAGGGAUAAUAUGAGAUCAUUUGAGGAACAGUCUCCAAGACACCUUUCUGGAGAUGACAGGAAGCCUAAACCAAGUGACGGCCAUGUCAAAAAGCCAUAUUAUGGUAAAGAUCCCUCAAGAACAGAAAAGAAAGAGAGCAAAUGUCCUACCCCUGGGUGUGAUGGAACUGGCCAUGUAACGGGGCUUUACCCCCAUCACCGCAGUUUGUCAGGAUGCCCACACAAAGAUAGGGUCCCUCCAGAAAUUCUUGCCAUGCAUGAAAAUGUUCUUAAGUGUCCUACACCAGGCUGCACAGGCCGGGGCCACGUAAAUAGCAACAGGAAUUCCCACCGAAGCCUCUCUGGAUGUCCUAUUGCUGCAGCAGAGAAACUGGCUAAAGCUCAAGAGAAGCAUCAGAACUGUGAUGUGUCAAAAUCAAACCAGGCAUCAGAUCGGGUUUUAAGGCCCAUGUGCUUUGUUAAGCAAUUGGAGAUCCCUCAGUAUGGCUACAGAAACAAUGUCCCCACCACCACACCCCGCUCCAACUUGGCCAAGGAACUAGAGAAAUACUCUAAGACUUCGUUUGAAUAUAACAGUUAUGACAACCAUGCCUAUGGCAAGAGAGCCAUAGCUCCCAAGGUGCAAUCCAGGGAUAUAUCCCCCAAAGGAUAUGAUGCUAAACGCUACUGUAAGAAUUCAAGUCCAACCAGCAGCACAACAAGCAGUUAUGCCCCUAGCAGCAGCAGCAAUAUGAGUUGUGGUGGAGGCAGCAGUGCCAGCAGUACCUGCAGCAAGAGCAGCUUUGACUAUACUCAUGACAUGGAGGCAGCACACAUGGCUGCUACUGCUAUUCUGAAUCUCUCCACCCGCUGCAGGGAGAUGCCUCAGAACCUCUCCACUAAGCCUCAGGAUCUCUGUGCAAGGAAUCCUGAUAUGGAAGUCGAUGAAAAUGGGACGUUGGACCUGAGCAUGAACAAGCAGAGGCAGCGAGAUGGUUGCUGCACCAUUUUGACCCCACUGGAGCCAAUGUCCCCACAACGACAAGCCGUGAUGAACAACCGGUGUUACCAACUGAACGAGGGGGACUGCUGGGACUUGCCAGUGGACUACACUAAAAUGAAGCCAAGUAGGAUAGAUGAAGAUGAUUCCAAAGAGAUUAAUCCGGAAGAUUUGGAUCCUUUCCAAGAGGCACUUGAAGAAAGAAGGUAUCCUGGUGAAGUUACAAUCCCAAGUCCUAAACCCAAAUACCCUCAAUGCAAAGAGAGCAAAAAGGAUUUAAUAACUUUAUCUGGCUGUCCCUUGGCUGACAAAAGCAUUCGGAGUAUGCUGGCCACAAGCUCACAAGAACUCAAGUGUCCCACCCCUGGGUGUGAUGGCUCUGGGCAUAUUACUGGAAAUUAUGCUUCUCAUCGAAGUCUUUCAGGCUGUCCACGAGCAAAGAAAAGUGGAAUCAGGAUAGCACAAAGCAAGGAAGACAAAGAAGACCAAGAGCCAAUUAGAUGUCCAGUUCCUGGCUGUGAUGGUCAGGGUCAUAUAACUGGAAAAUACGCAUCCCAUCGCAGUGCAUCAGGGUGUCCUCUUGCUGCCAAAAGGCAAAAGGAUGGGUACCUCAAUGGCUCACAGUUCUCCUGGAAGUCAGUGAAGACGGAAGGAAUGUCAUGUCCAACACCAGGAUGUGAUGGCUCAGGACAUGUCAGUGGUAGUUUUCUUACUCAUCGUAGUUUAUCAGGAUGCCCCAGAGCUACUUCAGCAAUGAAGAAAGCAAAGCUGUCUGGAGAACAAAUGCUAACAAUAAAGCAGCGGGCCAGUAAUGGUAUAGAAAAUGAUGAAGAAAUUAAACAGUUAGAUGAAGAAAUCAAAGAACUAAAUGAAUCCAACUCACAGAUGGAAGCUGAUAUGAUCAAACUUAGAACUCAGAUUACCACAAUGGAGAGCAACCUGAAGACGAUAGAAGAGGAGAACAAAGUAAUUGAACAGCAAAAUGAGUCUCUUCUUCAUGAAUUGGCCAAUUUAAGCCAGUCUUUAAUUCAUAGUCUAGCUAAUAUCCAGCUGCCACAUAUGGAACCAAUCAAUGAACAAAAUUUUGAUGCUUACGUGACCACUUUGACGGACAUGUAUACAAAUCAAGAUCGUUAUCAGAGUCCAGAAAAUAAAGCCCUACUGGAAAAUAUAAAGCAGGCUGUGAGAGGAAUUCAGGUCUGA